AUGCGUGCUGGUAACCAUCAUCACUUGACAGAUGUCGUUGGCCGACUCCAUUCAAUCAGUGGGAUAUCGCACAAGAUCACGAACAACGGCCCCGCAGUCAAGCAGACGGUUAUCAUUGAGGAUGAAAGUGGAGCGAAGUUCACGAUUACACUCUGGGAUGAGUUUUCCGCAGUGUUGGAUCAUGUUGCUCUCACUCAGGUUGACUCGAUUGAAGUUGUGAUUCUUGCAUUUGGCGGCCUGAUGGUUAACAAGUUAGGAGAUGAUUAUGUCAUGUCGAGUUCAGCCGCUACAUGCAUAGCAGUCAACCCUCCUGUACCAAAAGCCUAUUAUCUUGCAUCUAGGUUUGCUGAAAAACACGAAGUUGUUGAAUCCUUGCCAAUUGAGUUUGCUACAGAUGUUGAUGCUACAGCUGAUGCAGAUCGUCGAACAAAGACCUUGGACCAGUUGUUGGCCUUGUUUAAAAUUACAACCGAGACAAAAGCAGACAAACAUCAGUCCGGGUCCCAAACCAGAGAUCCAAACCCCAGCAAGCUGCAGGAGCCAAGAAAGAAAGAAGAAACAGCAGCAGCCCAGGAAUAA